CAUGUACGAGGAAACAACACGCCCGCCCCGCAGGUAGGCUGAACUAGAAACACCGGCAAGCACGGCGCAGAAAAGACCAAGCACUUGUAAAUUACCUAUAGUGACCGAGUCUUGGUGCCAGGCAAGUGGACUCACCUGCCCAUCAUACUGGUCAAGGCCAUGCAUUCACAUCACACAAGAAAAUAACCUUGGUCUCCACCGGGUGCCAAUCAAAACCUGACACGGCGGGCAUCCUUACGAGCAGAAAAAACUUGCUCGUCAACUCUCCGAUGUGAUGUGCGAGCGACGUCUAACUGCUCAACAUAGAUAAAACUGCCGGCCUGAACGGUUCAACACCAGUUUUUUUCUCCCGUGACACAGGGCCCUGACAAAUGGAUGCAUGCGAGAAUCGUCAAAAGGACGUGAUAAGCACAUAAUAAAACCAUUACCAGAAGCAACAGCUUGGCCAACAACAAUGGCGCUGCCACUGCUCUUCCUCUUCUCCCUCUUGCUUCAAGCUCCCUCGCACGCACAGGCACUCCAAAACAUCACACUAGGAUCCACCCUGACCACUCAAGGUCCAAACGCCUCACGGAUUUCGCCCUCCGGUGAAUUCGCGUUCGGCUUCCGCCCCAGCGACGCGGACGCCUCUGUCUACCUCCUCGCCGUUUGGUUCGACAAGAUCACCUCCAAAACCGCUGUCUGGUACGCCAACACCAACACCAACACCACGCUGCCAGCUGGCUCCCAACUGCAGCUCACGCCUGGUGGCGUGCUUUCGCUCCAGGACCCUGCUGGCACAGAGAUAUGGAACCCCCGGGUGACCAACGUCGACCAUGCUGCCAUGCUCGACACAGGCAAUUUCGUGCUCUAUGCCAAAGAUGGAUCCAUCAAAUGGCAGAGCUUUGAACACCCAACUGACACCAUCCUGCCCUCCCAGGAGCUGCCUAAAGGGUCCGUCCUGCAAAGCCGGCUCAUGGACAACGACUACUCAGCUGGAAGAUUCCAAAUCAGCGUACAGGAUGAUGGCAACCUAAGGUUUUACACCAUGGCUGUUCCAUCCCUUUUCCGCUAUGACCCCCCAUAUUGGGAUUCUAAGACUGGUGGAAAUGGUUCAAGCCUCGUGUUCAACACAACCGGCAGCAUCUACUACACUACAAGUUCUGGCGGACAAUUCAAUAUUACAUCAGAAACACUGGACUCACCGGCAGACUUUUACCGGCGCGCCACACUUGACGCAGAUGGGGUGUUCAGGCAAUACGUGUACCCCAAGAAGGCAGCUCAGACCAGUGGAUGGAACGCUGAGUGGAAAGUUAUGGACUACCUCCCACGGAACUUCUGUGAGGCUGUCAGGGUAGAGACUGGAAGUGGUGCCUGUGGGUUCAACAGCUAUUGCCGCUCCAACACAAACAGGAGUGUGGAAUGUAAGUGCCCAAUAAACUACUCAUUCAUCGACAACGAGAGAACGUACAAAGGUUGCAAGCAAGACUUUGCUCCACAUAGCUGUGACUUGGAUGAUACUGAAUCUACUCAGCAAUUCAAGCUACUUCCAAUGAACAAUAUCAAUUGGCCUUUUGGAGACUAUGAGCGUCACAGCCCCACUGGUGAGGAUUCUUGCCAAAGACUUUGCUUAACUGAUUGCUUUUGUGUUGCUGCGGUGUACUAUGGCGGUUCUUGCUGGAAAAAGAGGAGCCCCUUGUCCAACGGAAUGGAAGGUAACAUAGUGGGAUCAGUUUUUAUCAAGGUUCCCAGGACUAAUGUUCCUGGGUCCCAGUUGGGCAGUAACUCCAAUACAUGGAGAAAAGAGAAGAGGUAUUGGAUAAUAGGAAGUUCACUGCUCCUUGGAGGAUCUGCCCUUGUUAUUGUUUUCCUCAUCUCCAUUCUGUAUUUUGGAUCUUACCGUGUCAUUAGGCGAAAGAAGCCAGCCCAGAUACAAUCAAUGAGUCCCGAGGCAUUGCCUCUUAGAGCAUUCACGUACAAGGAGAUUGAGAAGGCGACAGAUGGAUUUCGUGAAGAGCUGGGUAGCGGUGCAUCUGGUAUCGUAUACAAGGGCCAGUUGGAAGAUGAGUUUGGGACUGGCAUUGCAGUCAAGAAGAUUGACAAGAUGCUCCAAGAGAGUGAAAAGGAGUUCGCCAUUGAGGUUCAAACCAUCGGAAGGACCUUCCACAGAAACUUGGUACGGUUGCUCGGUUUCUGCGCAGAAGGAAAAGAGAGGCUUCUGGUGUACGAGUUGAUGACCAAUGGCUCACUUAAUGGAUUCCUUUUUUGUGGUACAAGCCCAACCUGGAACCUUCGCGUUCAAGUCGCACUUGGGGUGGCAAGAGGCCUGCUCUACUUACAUGAGGAAUGCAACACUCAAAUUAUCCAUUGUGACAUAAAGCCCCAAAACAUCCUUCUUGAUGAGAAUCUCGUGGCAAAGAUCUCAGACUUUGGCCUAGCAAAGAUGCUCAGGACAAAUCAGACACAGACGAACACUGGCAUCAGGGGAACUCGAGGGUACGUCGCGCCCGAGUGGUUCAAAAACAUAGGGAUCACAUCCAAGGUCGACAUUUAUAGUUUUGGGGUGAUCUUGCUGGAGAUUGUGUGUUGCAGACGGAAUGUGGAGCUAGAGACAGCUGAUGAGGAGCAAGCAAUACUGACAUAUUGGGCAAAUGACUGCUAUAGAAGUGGGAGGCUUGACUUGUUAAUCAAGGGUGAUGAGGAGGCAAUCUUCAAUAUAAAGAAGAUGGAACGCUUCGUGGCCGUGGCAUUGUGGUGUCUCCAGGAGGAGCCAACAAUGCGGCCAACCAUGCUGAAAGUGACACAGAUGCUUGAUGGAUCCGUCACAAUCCCCACACCUCCUGAUCCAUCUUCCUUCAUCAGUUCACUCCAAUAGUAGUGUGUUUUUAAAUGUAUAAGUUGCAGUGUGAAAUAAGAGUAUAUUGGACUACCGCAAACGAUAAAUAUGAGUGAUGAUUCCUUUAAAUGUAUGUAAAUGGAAGCAGGAAUGUAAGUACUUGAUAAGAAAAAAUGUAUGCAUAUGUUACUAGGUUCCAAAAUAAAUGUAAAUUUCUGUAAUGUUCAUGUACUUUUUAUGUGCAGUACCACAGUGAAGCCAUGAAUGUACUGCUUUGUGAAUCAGUGUGCAUAUUUUGGUAUAUUGCUUAGCAUUAAAUCAUCAAACUGGAAGAUGCAAGGAACCAGUGAGGUGCAGUGCAGGCUGGUUAGGAACCAUCGGGUAAGAACAAUGAUUUAAGGUCCCUUCGGGGACAUCCACUAAAAUUGGAACCAUAUAGAGAACAAUGAUUUAAGCGUUCACGACUGAAAUGCUAGAGAUGUCAAAAUAUUUAAGAAAUACUUCUAUCCCAUUUGUUACAACUAGCAGCGGGACUCCCAUGUUGCUUUACGAGCGAGCACCCGGGAGUAACCCUAGCAUAUAUCCCAUUUAGAUUUUCGCAUUAGCAUUAUCCAGUGUUUUAUGUCACUGGAAAUUAGACACUGCAUCUAUGCUUUUUAGUGUAACAGUGGGUAUUAACAACGAGAAUUGGACUCUAGAUAUUGAAUGCAAGCAUUACAACGGAAAGAACACAAGACGUUCUCGAUCUUUGUUGAUCAUGAGAUCUAGUAUGGAGAGUCUGGAGCUUUAUGUGAUAUUCCUUAUUCAAUACUACACUUU